AUGCGACUGCUCAACGUCAACACACGACAGCUGGAGGAGUUCUUCGGUGAUGCUAUUCCUCCGUAUGCAAUCCUAUCGCAUACCUGGGGAAAUGAAGAAGUUAUACUACAAGACUUGUCAAGAGAAGGGCACCAACAGAAGCAAGGCUACGCCAAGAUAGAAGGAUGUUGUCAGCAGGCGAUCAAGGACGGGUUAGCCUGGGUAUGGGUCGACACGUGCUGUAUUGAUAAAACAAGCAGCGCGGAGCUUUCAGAAGCCAUAAACUCCAUGUAUCGCUGGUAUGAACACUCCAAGGUGUGCUAUGCCUACUUGCAGGAUGUGCCAUCCGGAUCAGAUGUCUACGAGAACGACUCUGCCUUUCGUAAGAGCCGAUGGUUUACUAGAGGAUGGACCUUGCAGGAACUUAUUGCUCCAGGAAUGGUCCUGUUUUACGACACCAAUUGGAUGUUGAUCUCGCCUAUGCAUCCAGUUGACGAGGAGUGGAUUCAUCUCCUCAGCGUUAUUACAGCAAUUGACGAAAAGUACUUGCAGUCCAGGGUAUCUCUUCGCUCUGCAUCAGCGGCAUGUAAAUUCUCAUGGAUGGCGGGACGUAGUACGACCCGGGUAGAGGAUGAGGCAUAUUGUCUACUGGGUCUGCUGGAUAUCAACAUGCCAUUACUGUACGGAGAGGGAUACAAAGCUUUUUUCCGGCUUCAGGAGGCUGUCUUAAGCGGUUCGGAUGACAUAAGUUUGCUGGGUUGGGGAUACAAGCUUCCCUGUGUGCAAGGCACGCUUCUGGCAAAGUCACCAGCAGCAUUCUCUAGGUAUCCCAAUCGAACCAUCUUUCGCCAACGGCGGGCACCGAGAACACAUUCUACCAUGACAGGGCAUGGCCUACACAUCGAGCUUCUCAUGUUUCUGAUCGAUGCUCGAGAAAAGAUUUGGACUACCACUUUUUACACAUGGGCAUUGUACUCAAACAAUACAAAGAAGAUCUGUUUGUGA